GUCUCGAUGUGGGCGACAAACUACAACCGAGACGACUUUCAACCGUUCUACUCCCCACCCCACCUCCCGGCCUACACCAUCCUCACCAUCCACGACACCACAUCAGCAGCCAAUCCACCACCACGAUGGCCGCAAAGACGGAGCCUCACGCGGGCUCGUCGUCUACCCCUACCCCCGACAACGUCAUCUACCUGCCGGAAAACCACUUCUCUGGCGAGCCGCAGCCAGUGUUCGACUACCACUCGCUCGACGGCAAGGACCCCGUGAUCUGCAUUGACAAUGGAUCACACGCUUGGCGCGCGGGCUUCUCGACUAUGGACACGCCGUACAUCGACCGGCCGAACAUCGUCUCUCGUUACCGUGACCGCAAGCUUCUGAGGAAUACGCUGCUCUUCGGCAACGAUGUCGAGGUCGACGCCAACUCGCGUUCGAAUGGACGGUGCAUGUUCGACGGGGAUAUGCUCAUCCACGGUGAUCUGAUGGAGUCUGCCCUCGACUACACUUUCCUUACCCUCGGCAUCGACAGUAGCAGCAUCGAGCAGCCCAUUGUUAUGACUGAGCGGUUAGCGAACCCCAUCUUCACGCGAGCUAUGACCUCUGAGAUCCUGUUCGAGCUCUACGGCGCGCCGGAGGUCUCUUAUGGAAUCGACUCGCUGUUCGCCUUCUCGCGACACAAGAAGCAGGACGGAUUGGCCAUUAACCUCGGCCACAACGCGAGCACCAUCAUUCCUGUGGUUGACGGCAAGGGCAUCCUGUCGCGCGCGAAGAGGAUACCAUGGGGAGGCGCGCAGGCGGCUGACUUGAUGCUCAAGCUCACGCAGCUCAAGUACCCUAGCUUCCCCGUCAAGGUCACAAACUCCCAGGCAACGUUCAUGUACCGGGAGACUUGUUACUUCUCCUCUGACUACGAGGAGGAGUUGCGGUCCUUGACGGACCCUGUGAAGAUGAUGGAACAGACCAAGGUCAUCCAGUUCCCCUUCAACCAGCCUGAGGUCAUUGAAAAGACCGAGGAGGAGAUCGCUGCCGCAUUGGAAAGGAGGCGAGAGCAAGGCAAGAGGUUGCAGGACAUGCAAGCCAAGCAGCGAGCAGAGAAGCUUGCUGCCCAGGUCGCUGAGCUUGAAGAGUACAAGACCAUCCUCGGCGAACGCUCAAAGCUGAAGAAGGCCGACUUCAUAAAGCGGGUCAGCGAGGUGACGCCGUUUGACACCGAGGCGGAACUCGAGGCAUGGGUCAACAAGACAGAGGCUGAGGUUAGACGAAAGCAGCGCCGUGCUGCUGGCGAGGAGCCCGAGCCGGAGGAGGAGCCAUCAUUCCCUCUGGUGGAUCGCCCCGACGAGGAGCUUACAGAAGAGGAGAUCAAGGACAAGCGUCGCCAGAAGCUGAUGAAGGCUGGAUGGGAAGCGCGCGUCAAGAUCCGUGAGGAGAAGAGGCGGGAGAAGGAGCGAUUGGAGGAGGAGCAGCGCAAGGAGGACGAGGAGAGGACAAACAACCUUGAGUCGUGGGCUGCCCGUCUCAAGGACGAGCAGGACGAGGUUAUUGAGCGUAUCCGCGAACGCAAAAAGCGGAGAGCACAGCUCGGUGACCGCAAGUCCGCAGCCGCUCAAAACAGGAUGAAGUCGAUCGCGUCGCUGGCUGCGGACACCAACGGCGGUAAGAAGAGGAAAAAGGGCGAGGAAGAAAAGGAUGAUGGCUUCGGUCGCGACGACUCGGACUGGGCAGUGUACCGCGAGAUCGGCGGCGAGGACGACUCUGAGGCCGAGGAGGACGACCUCGCCCAGCUCGAGAGCAUCGAGAGCCGCCUGCUCCAGUAUGACCCGACCUUCACCGACGACGACACGCUCGAGGGCAAGGUGCGCGUCAAGAAUGCGCUGCUCAACGCCUUCGUUCGCGGUGGAACGGACGGCCGGUACGACUCCGAGUCGAUGGAGCAGAGCUACCAGAUCCACCUCAACGUCGAGCGCAUUCGUGUGCCUGAGACAUGGUUCCAGCCAGCAAUGUUUGGUAUCGACUCUGCUGGCCUGGGCGAGGUCGCUGGCUGGCUCAUGAACGGCUUUGAGGACGACGUGCGGAAGCGAAUCAUGCAGGCGGUCGUCCUUACAGGAGGCUCGACCAAGCUUCCUAACCUCCUCCCUAGGAUGCGCAACACGCUCACACCGGUGCUUCCAUUCCGAGAACCGCUCAAGAUUCUCGGAGCGGUGGAUGGAGGUGACCCCAGGCUUGAGGCAUGGCGUGGUAUGGCCGAGUGGGCGUCGAGCGCGGAGGCCAAAGCGUCCAGGGUCACACGAGCCGAGUAUGACGAGUAUGGUGGGGAGUGGCUCAAGGAGCAUGCUUGGGGCAACGUUGCCAUCUAGACGUG